ACGAUGCAGAAUGUGCAGUCCAUCUCCAUCUACGCCCUGACAUUCACAGGCGUCGCCUUCGUUUUCCAUCAGUCGUUGAAUUGGGAUAUGCGGCCGUCACGUCCAAUCCUUCCGUGGCUAUGGCUGGCUUCAGCGAGUGCUCAAGACGUCAAUGUUGAUUUGCAAUGGCACGCACCCAACAAAACAUGGAUCAACGACCUGGCACAGGUUGUAAACGGCUCUGGGACUCACGGAUUUCUUUUCAACAACUCUGUCUUACCUGAGGGGGUCCGAUACGGGACUUACAACUGGUGUAACAUGCCACACGCCCGACCCGAAGAAUAUCCCCUUACCGCCGACGAAUACACUUUGGAAUACGUCGAAGUGAUUCAUCGACACCACAAGCGGACUCCUUAUGCCUCUAAUACUUUCCCCAAGGAGUCGUACGAAUGGACUUGCUCAGAUCAAGGACUGUUCUAUUAUGGACAACCAUUGAAUCCCAAUGGUAACGCAUCAGCUCAGUCAUAUUGGUCCGUCUUCACUUCAGAAACAAACCCUUUCGCGCCGAGUGGUUUCAACGGCACCUGCCAAUUCCCCCAAAUCACGCGCGGCGGACUUGAUGACUCCUGGCAACACGGGAAAGACCUCUACCGCGUCUAUCAUGAUCAGCUCAAGUUUCUGCCUUCUGAGCCUGAUGAUAGUGUACAAUAUCGAGUAACAAAUAACGUAAUUACAAGCCAGGUCGCUGGUAUGCUCAUCAACGGGAUGUACGCCCCCACGGAACCCAUUCCUCUCCGCAUACAACCUCCUUCCGUCGACUCGCUUGAGCCAGGAUACUCUUGUUCUCCUGCGUCUUCCUUGUAUUCAUCCUAUGGUGUUGGCAGCACGUCUGCAAACUGGACUGCGCAUCUCACGGCGGCAAGCUCACUAUAUAGUUCCUUGGACGACAUCUCUGGUGUACCGACAGACUCGACAGAAUGGCACAAGUCCUUUGAUCAUUACUACGAUAAUCUCUCAGCACGACAAUGCCACAACAAACCGCUUCCUUGCAAAAUCGGUGACAGCAGCAAAUGUGUGAGUCAAGAGCAAGCGAAUACCGUGUACAGACUGGGUCAAUACGAAUACUCUUUCAUUCAUCGCGACUCACCAAAGUCAUUACAAGCAGCUAUCGGUUCCUAUGGCGUAUUCCUUGCUGAAUUGGCCCAAAAUAUUCGCGAUCGUAUUUCGGGCAAAUCUCCCCUCAUCUACCGUCACAAUGUGGCUCAUGAUGGAUCUGUGUCCCGCCUCCUCAGCAUUUUACAGAUUGAUGUCAUGGUCUGGGUCGGAAUGGGCUCGGAAGUGAUUUUUGAAGUAUACUCCAAGAAAGAUGAUGACGCUCAGGGUAAAAAGUACCUCCGCAUUCUAUGGGGUGGUCAAAUACUCCGGAGUUCCAACCCGAGCCUUGGAUAUGUGGAUAUGCUGGAUCUUGAUGUAUUUCUGGCAUAUGUUGAUGGAUUGGUCGGAUCUGGCGCAAGUAAAGUAGCCGGAUACUGCAAAAGUUGA